AGUUCAAAAUUGACCAUUAAUUUCCAGGAGUGUAUUUUGAGCCCAGAGUGAAAUUUUUUCACCCCUUAAUUUGUUUGAGGAAAAUGUAUUAUUUAUUGAACCCUGUGAAUUAGGCAUAAUGCACGAUUGGUAUAGUGAGCGAUAGAGGCCUCCCCUUGCCUACCGUUUUCCUAGGGAAACUGGAUUUGCGCUUGAGUAUACACAAAACAGAAGAUCGUGAAAAUGUCAGAAUACGAUAAAGUUAGAACAGGAAAACUUGUCUUGAAAGGUGAAAAAAUAAGGUCAAAGAAACGAAAAGCAAAACGGCAGGAAAAAGAACAUGUUACUACUUCUGAAAACAAAGACACUGUGACCCAUGGUGGGUGGUGGAAAGCUACACAAGUAUUGGAUGUUACUGGCACAGUGGCAAUUGAAUUUGGAAAUCAUACAUACAUGAAAGCUUUGGACAAUGGUUUAUUUACUCUGGGUGCACCUCACGAUGAAGGUGAAGGACCUUCGCCAGAAGAGAUUCUGACAGCAUUUCCAAUAGGUGAAACUAAAGUCGCACUGAAAUCUGGUUAUGGGAAAUAUUUAGGUGUUGAUAAAAAUGGUAUUGUUGUUGGAAGAAGCGAUGCAGUGGGCACAAUCGAACAAUGGGAACCAAUCUUUCAGGAUAAUAAGCUUGCUAUUCUAAAUAGCAACAAUUGCUUUAUGUCAGUUACAGACGAAGACGAUAUUAUUUGCCAGAGCAGAACUGCUGGCUCCUCUGAAUUUUGUAUAAUAAGAAGUAUAACUCAGAAAACCCAAGAUCCAAAUAAAGAUGUUCCAAAAGAAGAGCAAGGUUCUCUUCAUGAUGUUGAAAUAAAUUACGUGCGGAAGUUCCAAAAAUUCCAGGACAAAAAACUGAAAAUAAAUCAGACAAAUCGUUCUGAAUUAGAGAAGGCAAAACGCGAGGGAAACUUACACGAAACUUUAUUAGAUAGAAGAAGUAAAAUGAAAGCAGAUCGAUAUUGUAAAUAAUUUUGUAUCUAUAUUCUGUAAUGGAAAAUGUUUCCAUAUAAUUUUAUCGAGCGACUCAUUUUUUAAAUGUACAUAUAUUUAAUAAAAUUAGUUCAGUCUA